GCACAGAAUCUUUCGAUAUUUUUGCUCGUGUUCAUCUUAUUAGAUUUUGCGAUGGAUGUUUCAUUUAUCGCCCUGCACGGAAAUGAUUUAACGUGGACGUAUUCUGUCAGCCUUGUUCUCCUGAUAACCCCAAUUGUCUUGAAUGUAAUAACCACCUUCUUCAUAAUUUCCGAUGAACAAGCCAUUAAUGACAAGUACUUUAAGUGGUGGCUAAAAUAUCCAAAUUCCAGUCUCAUCUUUAUCAUGUUUAGUUUGAUCGACUUGGAUUUUUUGAACAUCAUGUCCUCGAGAUUUGCUGGAAUUCAAAAUUUCAAUGCACCAUUUAGUCAUAAGGCCCGAAGAAUUGUGUUCAUUAUGAAUAUCGUAAACUUGAUUAUUGAGGAUUUUGGACAGGCCAUUGUCUUAAUUCUGUACCAAGUGUACACAGUUUUACCACACAUAAUUCCAAUAUUAGUGUUAUCAUCAUGCCUUUUUGUAAUCUUUAUAAAGAUCGUAACCUCAUCCUCCUUUGUGGUAGCCUUCUGCCAACCCAGAAUAUUUGGGGUAACCGAUGAUUUGCUGAAAGAACCAAAGAGACCAUGGUACAAAAAACCUUCAUCAGAAUCGGAUUUCCAGGCGGGCGGAGAGUACAAAGGUAUCGCUUCUGGUUACAAUGAUCCCGAUAAUAACGGUAUUAAAAAUGUACCAGAAAUCACGGAAAAUUAUAAUGUGGACGCUAGUGGAGGUCGGAUUUUCUCACUAAAAAAGGUGGAUGCAAAGGUACACAAUAUACCGCACGGUAAAAGAGUUGAAGAUGCGAUAAUUAAUGUAGAAGAUGAUUAUGCGUCAGGUGGAAUAGGUAGUACGUCCGGUGGAUCAGAGUUAAUUUACGGUCCAGGAAAACUUUAUGGAAGUGCGACUAGCCUUCCAAAAAGGUCAAGCGAUUUCGGAAUCAUCGGGUACGCCGGAAAAGUUAUGGAAGGAGAAGCUGCCAUAAUAGAAGGUGACGCAUCCGGUCUAGGUGCCGAACAUUCGGCUGUUAUAGAAAGCACAGCUGAACCCGAGACAACGCAGGCCCAACAAACCUUAACCACUUUAGAAAGCGAAGAGUCCACGAAUGUUGGAAGAAGGACUAGUUCAGGUGACUAUGGUGGUAGGAUAAAGAGAGAGGUUAGUAGUGAGAUGAUGAGUGACAUCACGAAGAAUGAGGGAGAAAACAGAUUUUGA